GUUGUGGGGAACAAUAAAAGAAAACACUUGUCUGGGAAAUUGAACUGUUGUCACUCACCUACAUGUGAAGCUGUCUGUUGUGGAAGCAUCCUGUCAGAAAUGACAGAACAGCAUAUUGACAUAUUGUUACAUUCCAAUUCCCAGCACACCAGCAAUAGAAUGAAAAGCGUUGCAUGUUAGCUACGUCGUUUUUAUUCAAGGCUAUGCCCGAGACAAACACAUUCACCAUUUAUCUCUGCCUCUAAAGAUACAUGCACCUGUCUGUAUGUCAGUUAAUUCAAGGCUAUUAUAAGUGCAAUUAUUUAUGACCGCUUUACGAGAACUAAUUAUUGUAGCAGCUAGCAGGCUAUUGGAGUAGGCUACUAGCCCUAGCAGUUCAGUCCUCUCCAAUGGAAGCCUACUGCGGAAGAGGUGACUGCAGUCUUACGUUGUAAAAUUCAGGGAACAACGCAUCAUUGUUUUUCUGACUUUGUCUUGGUCUCACUAUUCACAGUGGAGAUGUUUGAAACUGUCUUUGUAUACAGGAGACACCAUGAGGAAGUGCAGUCCUUGGACGUUUCUCCCUUCCAUGUACUCUCUCUUCACAGCUGCUGGACUCUGGGUUGUGUAUUUCAUAGCUGUUGAAGAUGAGAAGAUAACACCCCUGAGUUCAGAAUACAAGCGAUCUGGCCCUAAAUCCCCUCCAUAUAUAAGCAUUGCAGGCAAUGCUCCCCCGGCCAGCUGUGUAUUUAGCCAGGUCAUGAACCUGGCUGCCUUCGUAGGGUUCAUCAUUGGUGUCCUCAGAUACCUGCAGCUGAAGCCCCAGGUCCACAAACCCUGGCUCAACAUCAGCAGUCUGGUGGCUCUGUCCCUGGCCUGCUUCGGCAUGACACUGGUGGGAAAUUUCCAGUUAUCAAAUGACGAGGAGCUCCACAACAUUGGGACGUCCAUGACGUUUGGCCUGGGAACGUUGUUCUGCUGGGUUCAAUCUGUCAUCACCCUGAAAGUCAACCUUAGGAACGAGGGUCGGAGGGCAGGCAUCCCUCGCUUCCUGUUGUCUGGGGCCAUCACCGCCUGCAUGCUGCUCUACUUUGCCCUGAUGGCGCAGCGUCUUCACAUGCAUGCUGCGCGAGCGCAGUGGGCGCUGGUCAUGUUCUUUCUGAGCUUCCUCGCAACCUUCGCCAUCGAGUUCAGACACUGCCACUUUGAGAUCGUCUGCACCGACAACCGCGACCCGCCUCUCAGCCUGUCAGAAACCUUCUCGGAGGUGUCCGAGUACCAGUCGGACCAGCUAUAGAGCGGCUCUGGGGGACAGAACCAGCUAUAGAGCUUUGGAGUACUACAAAACAGUUAAGUUGCCUGUGGUUGGGGAGGGGGGGGGGAAUGUACAAAUGAACAUGAAGUCUUUAUGGGGUCAAGGGCUCCAGUGGGUCUCUGUUAGUUACUGAAGAAGAGUUAGUCUCACUACGGCAUGUCUGCCUGUUUGAACGUAAUAACCAGUGAAUGACUGUCUUACUACUACUACUACUAGUACGUCGAGGUGAUCUUUCAAAAGCAAACAAACUCUUUCCAUGAGCAACUUUUGUCAUCAUCAGCAGGGGUGUUCACUAAAAGAUGCUAAACAAUUUCAUUGAAGAUAUAUGAACAUGGUUGUUUAUCAUGUAGCUGUGAGUUGUAGAACUCAUGUCUCAGAUUAAAUAGUGACACCAUACCUCACUGACUUUCAGAUGAAUGUAGCUAAGUCCUCAAAAUGUGGGAGUCAUCACCCUCUCCCAUUUUUGAUUCUACCCAACUUCCUCUACCGACAUGAGGUGUUCUGCUGCGUUCGCUCUCUUUCCUGUCUACCUCUAUUUUCAACCUGACUUAAGACAGACCGUUUGAGGAAGUCUCAGCCCCUCUGAAGAUUAGUACAGUAGUAUUACUUUUUAGGUCAUCACCCAGGUACAAUGAUGCCAUUUUGAACCAUAUCACUGUUGCUCCCAUUAAACACAAGUCAUGGGAAUCUUUUUCAGUGUUCUCUCCAUUGCAUGUGAUUUAGUACAACAAUUGGCUUUGUCAUUCGAGCAUAACUGACACAUGCAUCUCAGUGUUGUACUGCUGUUUGUUAGAACAUUAAAUGAUUUUUUACAAUAAAA